CUUCAUAGUGAAUUAUAUCUAGAAAAUAGACAAAAGGCAGCAUCUAUUGCACAAAAUAAAGGAAUUAGAAAAAUAAUAAAUGAAAUUAUUCAAGAAAUUACAAGAAAAAAGAGAUUUGUUGUAGUUGGACGUGAUGUAACAACAAAUAUUCUUCCAAAUGCUGAUAUAAAAAUUGUCCUUACAGCUAAUCUAACUACAUAUAUUAAUAGAAGAUGUGAUGAAACUAAAAGUACAGCUACUGAAAUUACUCGCGAUAUUUUAUUUAGAGAUGAAAAAUCAUACAAAUUUAUUGAAGAUGCAAUUAAA